CGUAGAGUCCUCGUUGCCAUGGCUCCCGAGGUCCGCUGUGGACGCGCGGAGGCGUGACUGAGAAGCGUGUACGGAGUCCUAAGAGUCCGAGCUUCUUCCCGGGCCCGCGAACCCGAGAGGCGCCAUGGGCCGGAUCACAGAAGAUCUUAUUAGACGGAACUCCGAGCACAAUGACUGUGUCAUUUUUUCCCUGGAGGAGCUCUCCUUGCAUCAGCAAGAAAUAGAAAGACUAGAGCAUAUUGACAAAUGGUGCCGGGACUUAAAAAUCCUCUAUCUUCAAAAUAAUCUCAUUGGAAAAAUCGAAAAUGUUAGCAAACUCAAGAAACUUGAAUAUUUGAACUUAGCUUUGAACAACAUUGAAAAAAUUGAAAAUUUGGAAGGAUGUGAAGGGCUGACAAAACUCGACCUGACCGUAAACUUCAUUGGAGAGCUGAGCAGCGUUAAAACGCUUGGGCACAAUAUCCACCUGAAGGAGCUCUUUCUCAUGGGUAACCCGUGUGCUGACUUUGACGGCUACAGGCAGUUCGUGGUGGCCACACUACAGCAGUUAAAGUGGUUGGACGGUAAAGAAAUCGAGCGUUCAGAAAGGAUUCAGGCCUUGCAGAGCUUUCCAGUAAUUGAACAACAAAUCAGAGAGCAAGAGGAAGCUUACUGCCUCAAACGGGCCAAAGACAAGGAAGAGGCUCAGAGGAAACUUCGAGAGGAGGAUGAAAAUGAGGCCAAGGAGAGAAGUCACUCAGUCUUCGAGGGACAGAGCCCGUUUUCAGUAGAGCACAAAGACCAUGUCCAGGAAGGACAAGAAGGGGAAUACAACCAAAAGAGAUUCAAGGACAAUGAGGAUGACCUGGAAUUCUGGAACAAGCCCUCUUUGUUUACUCCUGAAUCUAGAUUGGAAACACUUAGGCAUAUGGAAAAACAACGGAAAGACCAAGAAAAAUUAAGUGGAAAGAAGAAGAAAGUGAAACCACCCAGGAUUUUGAUCACUGAAGAUGGAAAAGCGUUGAAUGUGAAUGACCCCAAACUUGACUUCUCCUUGAAAGAUGAUGAAAAACGUAACCAGAUCAUCCUGGACCUUGCUGUCUAUAGGUAUAUGGACACCUCUUUAAUCGAUGUAGAUGUGCAACCAACUUACGUACGGGUCAUGGUCAAAGGGAAGCCAUUUCAGCUUGUUCUUCCUGCCGAAGUGAAGCCGGACAGCAGCUCUGCUAAGCGAUCUCAGACGACAGGGCAUCUGGUGAUCUGCAUGCCCAAGGUAGACGAAGUCAUCACAGGUUGGCGACAAACGUCAGAGUCUGGGACGAGUCCCUCGGACAGCAGCAGAGAGCACACAAACCAAAGAUGGGCAAAAUGAGGGAGAGAAGUUUAGAAUGUCUGAAGGUCUGGGGGCGCCUGACUGGCUCAGUCGGUUAAACGUCCAACCUCGGCUCAGGUCAUGAUCUCGUGGUUCGUGGGUUCGAGCCCCACGUAAGGCUCUGUGCUGCCAGCUUAGAGCCUGGAGCCUGCUUGGGAUUCUGUGCCUCCCUGUCUCUCUCUGCCCCUCCCCUGCUCAUGCUCUGUCUCUCCCUCUGAAAAAUAAGUAAACAUUAAAAAAAAUUCGAAUGCCUGAAGAUCAGGUAGUCUUGACACGUUGGGACAGCCCUGCUGAGCCCUCGUCGAAUGCUGCUCACGCUACCCUUUCAUGGCUCGGAUGUCACUUCAUAGCUUCUAAAGCUCUCAGGGUUGCCAGGACCAAGAGUCCCCACCAUGUGCCCUCCCGCCCACCUCCUACCCCCAGAUGAUCUGCGAGACUCUAGCUCAGCUUCUUCCACACCAGGACCCCUCCCGCUCUCCGUACUCCCCCAGUGACAGGAAGCCUCUCCUCAUUCCUAACUGAAGAUCCUGGCGGUGCCUCCUGAAUGCCCUCAGAACGAAGCUCAGCACCCGUGACCAGUAGCAUCCCUUAAAGCAUUUGGGACAAAGCUCUCGUUAUUUCAGUGCUUCCUUCGAAUGCACAAUCCCGGGCCUUUCAACUUUCCUUCCACUUGUCGUGAUUUCCAGACUGUUACCGUCCAGAUGGCAAAAUCUAUUUUGAACCGAGGCAAACUAUCUUUGUGAUACAAAUGUAUAUGCUGAAAUUAUCAUUACAAAAAUACCUGAACGAGAGCUAUAUUUAUGUCUUGCAUAAUAGAAGCCGUCAGGCAUUCAUAACAUC